CCCCUGCUGCCCGCGCCGCUGCCGCCGCCGGCUGCCCUGGGCAAGAUGAUGAAGUUUCGGUUCCGCCGCCAGGGCCACGACCCCCAGCGGGAGAAGACCAAGCAAGACCUCUUCGCCUUCAACAAGACCGUGGAGCAUGGCUUCCCCAACCAGCCCAGCUCCUUGGCCUUCGACCCCAAGCUGCGGAUUAUGGCCAUUGGGACCAAAUCGGGAGCGGUGAAAAUAUACGGUGCUCCUGGCGUGGAGUUCACAGGGCUACACAAGGAGACCGCCACGGUCACCCAGAUGCACUUCCUACCUGGACAGGGCCGGCUGCUGUCGCUUCUAGAUGACAACACCCUGCACCUGUGGGAGAUCUACCAGAAAGACGGCUGCUCUCACCUGGAAGAGACGCGCAGUUUCAUCCUCCCCGGACGUCCAGGGUUCGACAACGCUAACUCUCCGCCCAGCAUUACCCGGGUGACGGUGAUCCUGCUGCAGCCCACCUGCGCCACGGCUUGCCUCGGCACGGAAGGGGGCGGCGUCUACUUCCUUGAACUCCCGGGCUUGACGCUGCUGGAGGAUAGGACCCUCUACCAAGAUGAGGUCCUGCAGAGUGUCCCAGAAGACUACCGGUGUGGGAAGGCUCUUGGCCCCGUGGAAUCUCUCCAGGAACACCCUCGGGACCCUUCCCAAAUACUCAUCGGUUACAGCAGAGGCCUGAUGGUUCUGUGGGACAAAUGCUCGAGGGAAGUCAACCACCUCUUCCUAGGCAACCAGCAGCUGGAGAGCCUCGGCUGGGAGCGAAGUGGCCGGACGAUCGUCAGCUCCCACAGCGACGGAGGCUAUGCGGUGUGGCCGGUGGAGAGCGGCUUCCCCAAGACUCUGCAGCCGGCCACCUCCACAAUCCCUUACGGUCCUUUCCCGUGCAAAGCGAUCAACAAGAUCAUGUGGCAGACGUCUGAAUUGGGGGGACACUACAUCAUCUUCAGUGGCGGGAUGCCCCGGGCCAGUUACGGGGACAGGCACUGCGUCACGGUCCUCCAAGGGCAGACCUUGAUAACCCUGGACUUCACGUCGCGCGUGAUCGACUUCUUCACCGUGUACAACACAGAGGUAGAGGAGGAAUUCGACAAUCCCGCUGCCUUGGUGGUUCUGGUGGAAGAAGAGCUGGUGGCGAUUGAUCUGCAGACGCCGGGCUGGCCCACCAUUCCUGCCCCCUACCUGGCCCCACUCCAUUCCUCCGCCAUCACCUGCUCCUACCACAUCUCCAACAUCCCCCUCAAGCUCUGGGAGAGGAUCAUCAGCGCGGGAGAGCAGCAGAGCCCUCGGCUCUCCUCAGUGAACUGGCCCAUCAACGGAGGGCGAAACCUCGCCCAGGAGCCGACGCAGAGGGGGCUUCUGCUGACUGGCCACGAAGACGGCACGGUGCGGUUCUGGGACGCGUCGGGUGUGUCGCUCAGGCCACUGUACAAGGUGGGCACGGCCGGGAUUUUCCAGACGGACUGCGAACACAACGACAGCUUGAGUCAGUCGUGCGAAGAGGAAUGGCCGCCUUUCCGGAAGGUUGGCUGCUUUGAUCCAUACAGCGACGACCCCAGACUGGGAAUCCAGAAGAUCGCUCUGUGCAAAUACACGGCUAAGAUGGUGGUGGCCGGCACAGCCGGGCAGGUGCUGGUGAUGGAGCUCGCCGACGAGCGGUCGGAGCACACGCUCAACGUAGCCAUGCUGGACCUCCUCCAGGACCGCGAGGGCUUCACCUGGAAGGGCCACGACCGGCUGGCCCCCAAGAACGGCGCCCUCCCCUUCGCCCCCGGCUUCCAGCCCAGCGUCCUGGUGCAGUGCAUGCCCCCCGCCGCCGUCACGGCCGUCACGCUGCACUCGGAGUGGAACCUGGUGGCCUUUGGCACCAGCCACGGCUUCGGCCUCUACGAUUACUACAGGAGGAACCCUGUGCUGGCCAGGUGCACGUUGCAUCCCAACGACUCCCUGGCCAUGGAGGGUCCCCUCUCCCGCGUGAAGUCCCUCAAGAAGUCCCUCCGCCAGUCCUUCCGCAGGAUCCGCAAGAGCCGGGUGUCGGGCAAGAAGAGGGUCAACAUCAGUAGCCCCUCGAGCAAGGUGCAGGAGGCAAAUGCCCAGCUGGCUGAACAGCCUGGCCCCCACGACCUCGAAAUGACCCCCGUCCAGCGGCGAAUUGAGCCCCGGUCAGCAGAUGACUCCCUGUCAGGGGUCGUGCGCUGCCUCUACUUCGCUGACACUUUCCUCCGAGACGCUGCGCAUCACGGGCCCACCAUGUGGGCCGGCACGAACUCCGGCUCGGUGUUUGCCUACGCCCUGGAGGUCCCUUCGCAGGAGAAGUUUUCGGAGCGCUCCGUAGAGGCGGUCCUGGGCAAGGAGAUCCAGCUCAUGCACAGAGCACCGGUGGUGUCGAUCGCCGUCCUAGACGGCCGGGGGAACCCGCUGCCGGAGCCGUACGAAGUCUCCCGGGACCUGGCCAAAGCCCCUGACAUGCAGGGCAGCCAUUCGGUACUCAUAGCCUCAGAAGAACAGUUCAAGGUGUUCACGCUGCCCAAAGUGAGUGCCAAAACCAAGUUCAAGCUGACGGCCCACGAAGGCUGCCGGGUGCGCAAGGUGGGACUGGUGACCUUUGCCAGCGCGGCGUGCGAGGACUACGUGGAGAACGGCCUGGCCUGCCUCACCAACCUGGGGGACAUCCACGUCUUCACGGUCCCAGGUCUGCGGCCGCAGGUGCACUACGACUGCAUCCGGAAGGAGGACAUCAGCGGCAUCGCCUCUUGCGUUUUCACCAAACACGGGCAAGGCUUCUACCUGAUCUCUCCGUCAGAGUUUGAGCGAUUUUCCCUGAGCACCAGAAAUAUCACGGAGCCGUUGGGCGUACUGGACACGAGUCGUGUCCCUGACGCCACCUGUCUCGGGAACAGCUUCACAGCAACGCCAAAACUCAACCAGGCGAACGGAACGCACGUCCUGCAAGGCUCGGAGGGCAGCCGUUCCCUCACAAGCAACGACCGCUCCCCGGAUGACCACCAGGCCUCCUUCUCCCCAACGCCUGUCGACUCGCCCAACAACAGCAUUGACACCCCUCUGGAUACCACUGGAGACAUCACUGCCGAGGAAGUAAAAGACUACUUGGCGCCCUCGGAGGAAGCGGAGAGAAACCUGAGGAACAUAAACGAAGAUGAGGGUCGGUCUGCAGGGAUUCUAAUUAAAUGAGGGACAUCACCUCGUCUAGUCGGCGGACUCCGGCACUUGGAACCCCACGGACAAUACUGGUUCUGUAGCUGAUGGUUGGCCAGAUUUCCUCCUCCUCCUCCCAGAGACCUUCUCCUACAUGUGUUUUUUUUUUUUACAAAGUGUCAUAAUGUUUUUCUAACACACGGCCUGAAAACAAACACCUGGGGUGGGUGGGGGUGUCUCCAAGCUGGGCUCCCCUCCCACACACCAUCUCUUCCUCGGUACCUCUUCAAGUUUGCAUCCAUAUUUUUUUUUUUAAAGACAAACAGCGUGCCAACUUCCGACAGGACCAAGCUGUGUCUACGCUUCUUCCUUUGCACAAAAACACUAAAACCCUUAAUCUUUUUUUUUUUUUUUUUAAGCAAAACCAGACACAAACUGUACGUGGGAGGGAGCUACACAGAGCGUCGAGUUCUCCCCAUGACUGAAGCGGCGUUCUUUUGGCCAGGCGUCACAUUUUGGGGAUGGGGAGGGGACCUGUUUUAUAUACAGAUGAUGGAGAAGUGUUUGGCUGCCUGGUACGUGGGGCGACUCCCCGGAACCUCUUUGAACUGGCCGGCAGAGUCUUUCUCACGUCACCGGAUUCUGUUCGCUCUUUGCGAGGAUGUUUACAUACUUUCAGAUUCUCCUCCGGCCUUCUGAACUGC